AAGUGAUAAUUACCCAGUCAUAAAAUUCCUGGUAGUUCAUUAAGUGUGUAUGGAUCCACGAGCGCAACCUCAGGUAAAGCGGGAGGUCCCUUGUGCUGGUUGCAGGAUGCUACACCGAAAGUGCAGUUACGACUGCAUGUUAGCACCAUACUUCCCUGCCAACGAGACUGAGAAGUUUGCGGUGGUUCAUAAGGUGUUCGGAGCCAGCAAUGUGAUCAAAAUGCUUCAAAUGGUGGAUGACGUGUGGAAGGAGGAUGCAGUAAAAAGCAUGGUCUAUGAAGCUUAUGCAAGAAUCAGAAACCCCGUAUAUGGUUGCACAUUUGCCAUUUCCUACCUACAAAAGUGUGUGGAGGAACUAGAGGAGCAGCUCAAAACAACACAACAGCAAAUUCUCAAGUCACAGGAAGAAAUAGGACAGCUCUCAUUUGCUCUGGAUUCUGUCUAUCUUCCAGUUAAUAACAUGUUCGAUGAGAGAAUAUCCUCCGACAACACAACGAUACAUGACACUGCUUUUACAAUCCCCAUGGAUUACUAUUAGAUAAUAUGAGAACCAAUGACGGGAUUAUCUUUCUUAAUGAUGUAAUAAGUGAAACGAGGUAGGAAGUCAGGUUUGAAGAUAUCCAAAGAAGAGAAAUUUUCACUGUACCCGCCCCAACGUAACUGUAAGUCUCUAUAUGUUGGGCUCUCGAUGUAGUACCCUUUUUUAAUUACUUUUUUCCCUCUUGUUUUUGGGUCUCCAAGAGCCGUUGCAUCUUUUUCCAGUGUCAUUCCUCAAUCUUACUCUCGUUUCAAGGAUGAAAGAUAUGCAUAACAAAAAGUAAACUAACCAUAAUGAUGCACCCACCCUGAUGAACAUCUAGUCACUAAAAGAACUAAACAACUGAAUAUGAGAUACACGAUAAAACUUAUAUCGGCCUCCAUGGUGUAAGAAUCUAGAUUGCCUUUUUAAAUUGACAUGACAAGUUCAAAACUUAAAAACAGUUACCAGGGGAGCUUUGUCUUGUUAUAUGAUUCGCGAUAACUAAACUUCGUGGUUUUUUGAAAAGUAAUUUUAAAAAGUCUGACUAAACUGACUUAAACAGCCAAAUAAUAACUUAAAAGGAGAUCAAGGAAGAACUUUAUGCUUCCAUAUUAUUUAUCAGAGUCGCCAGAGGAGCCUCCAAGAAGAAAAUGACAUGAACUGAUAAGCUUACAUGAGAACCAAUGGUAUUAGAGGAACUUAAUAGUAGUAGCACUAGCAUCCACAUGCACUUUGCCUUAACCAUCACCCAAAUAUUCAGUGUGAACUAUGAGUUUUGAUAACCUCCGACUUCAGCCUAAUGUCUAUCUCAACAUUCAGAAGUGACACAUGCAACUACAAAACAUUGUCCCUUCUAUCAUCAUGGUCUCAAAUUUCACAACAGCACACAGCUGUAAGUUGCAAUCGCUUGUGAGGGCACGAUAAAUGGAUAUGCAAGUUUUAGUCAAAUAGCUUCACUUUUGCUAUAGAGAAUGUUGUUAUUUUAGACUGACUCACUAUAACAGCUAACAUAUGUUAUCUGUGUACUUCUAAAGUUCUAAUCUGAAGCCAUACCCAUAACGUACCCAAACUCCUUGGGCACUCCGUGCACAUAAGCUACAUUUAUUUGGGCAUGUACUCAAUUAUACAAUACAUGUUUUAAUUUAAAACACUUGUCAUACAUUUUUGGGACCUAUAUCCUGCACAUCCACUUCU